UUUUAUCAGAGGUUUUUCUAGGUAUGGGAUAAUAGGGCAAUGGAGAGGGAGAGAUGGGAAGACUGGAUGUGGUUGGGGAAUAUGAAGUGAUAUUGAGGUAUAGAGCAUGUUGAAGAGACAUCCACUAGCUUUAGCAGAGAAGUUACCAUAUAUUGGGCAGAGUAAUUCAGGGACGAAUUUGGUACUCAAUCCAAGCCUCAAUGCUGCCAGUCCGUAUCUCAACUCUCAAAGUACAAGGAGAAUGAAUUCCCUCAGAACAGACGAUAUCUCACCUCCAAGGAAGCCAAUAGUAAAGCCUUAUGAAUAUGGGGAAGGGUACGAGGAGCUUCAGCCAAAGAAAAUAAGCAAAGAUCCUCCUAAUAAAAUUAUGAAUUUCUGACUAAAAACAAAUGAUAUCCCUGGUGCAAGUCCAAAGAAGGCAAUCCAUGUCUCAAACACAAGAGAUUUGUUAGCCACAGAUGACAUAGAAGGAGCUAAACCAGAUCCAUUUAGAAACAGAGAGAGAACCAAGAGAUUCAACUUGCAAAUUAGACGACUGAAUCGUAAAAGGGGAAGCAAAAGUGUGGUAAAUGGAAAAUACUCAGUUCAGAGCCAAACCUCUGAAGAGGAUCAUAAUAAAACAUUUGCAUACGCAAAUCAUGCAGAUUAUCAGACACAAAAAGAUGGAGGCUCCUAUGUUAGGCCUAAAUACACCAAAGAUAUUGCUAAAUAUGGUAAAAGAUAUUACGAGAAUAAGAAUAAAAAUGGAAGUAAUCUUGAUUUCUCAUGGAGGGAUGACUAUUUCGAGUAUGAAUCAGAAGAAGAUGAGCAAGAUUCCUCACAAAACUAUAUCGAAAACAAUGAAGACUAUGGCAACUUUGCACAAGAAUCUCAGAAAGUUACCCAGCCAAUCCAGGAUAAUAAUACCCCUCUUAGAAGGCAGGUGAGUCAGGAUCGUGAGUUGAAUGAUAUCAUGAAUGAUAAUAACAUGGAUACUUCUCCAAGACAGAUUCAUAAAGGAGAUAAUAACACCCUGCCCGUGCAAGAUCAUCGUCAAGAUAUUAAUAUUAACAAUAUCAGGAUAAGAAACUCUGACUCUCCAAUGAAGAAUGUGAAGUUUAACAAUGCUAUAAAUGAAAUCAAAUAACAAUAAUCAAGUUAAUUUAUCCCUCGAUAAGAGAAAUAUGAGAGGGUUCCCAAGACAUAUAUCUCCAGGUGCUUUUGGGGGAAACUAUGAUACCACUGAAUCUCCUCCAAGAUCAUCCUCUACCCUAAUAGGAAGAAAUCAGCAGUAUAUUCAAAACCUUGGAUACCCGGCACCCGAUCCAGAAGAAGUGAACUAUAAUUCUAUUAGGGAGAGAGGUUUAAGUUCAUCUCUGAAAGUGCACAAUAUCAGCAGUACACUGAACCCAAUUCAGCAACACUCAGUCACAAGCAUUGCUAAGAGUCCUCAUUUGCAGAAUAUAAGACAAGAAGGAGGUCAGAAGAGGUUAUCUUCUCAACUACAGAAUAUCCUUAACAAUCAGAGGAACGUCAAUAGUAUUGAAAAUGUCAACUUAGUCCAGUCAUUGAAGCCGGGGUGGACACCUCAGCGUCGAAGGAACGCUGACUUAGUAGACGCCCUCCAGACUGCUAAGAAGAGAUAUGAGAUCCAGCAGCUGGUUCAGAGAGAAAACUACAAACCUGAGCUAUACAAGGAUCAUAAGAGAAAACAUGUAAUUACAAAGCAAGUGCUCUCGUAG